AUGCGAGAAAAGGACCACUCACCGCGCAAGAUGCUGCCAAGUCCCAAGCAAGGGGCGGUUUACCCGCUGCUCGGUCUCGGAUCCACGCUGCCGGCCCCGUUCGAUCUCUCGCUCGCCAACCGCUCCUCGUCCUCGAACCUGCUGCACCAGCAGCAGCAGCAGAGCCUCGCCGAACAGCCGCUCGAUCUGCGGGUCGAGCGCAAGAAAUCGUCCCCGGCGAGCGGCACCUCGGCGUCGGCUUCCGACGACGAGGCGGACCACGGGCCACCGCGGUCCGGCUCACCGACCACCGAGCCCUCCAAACCGCUGCCCGCCGGCAAUGUGAUAUUCUUCAACGACAGCAACAACAACAACCACAGCAGUAGCAACAACAACAACAACAAUCACAGCCACAAGCACAGCAAGCAAUCCUCCGAUAGCAAUAAGAGGAGCCCGAGUCCUACGAACCACCACCAUCACCACCACAACAACAACAACAACAACAGCUCCAAGUACACCAACAACAACCACAUCAACAUCAAGGACGAGUUCCGAAUAUCGAACCUAGCGAACCACCACGGUUCGGCGGCCCUGUUUCCUCCGCCCGGUCUCAACCCGCUCAUGCUGGAGGCGAUCGCGAAGGCCGGCCUCCCGCUCCCGUACCGUGGUUCAUUCCUACCGCCCCGCUCACCCGUCUCCUACGAUCUGCAGCGAUUAAAGGAGCGCGAGGCGCUGGCCGCAAGUCUGUCACAGUUGCGACAGAACGCCACCAACGGCGGCGGCGCUGGUGGUGCUGCUGGCGGUGGCGGGGCGAACGUCCUGAACAACAACAACGCCAACAUCAUCAACCACAAUCUGGCGCCCGGCCCGGGAGGUGGCCCUGGGGGCGGCGGUGGUGGUGGCGGCGGUGGAGUUCCGGGGGCGCACACCAAGAACAAGGAUCGCUAUGCGUGCAAGUUCUGCGGGAAAGUUUUCCCGCGGUCGGCGAACCUGACGCGUCACCUGCGGACGCACACCGGGGAGCAGCCGUACAAGUGCAAGUACUGCGAGCGGUCAUUCAGCAUCUCGUCCAACCUGCAGCGUCACGUCCGGAACAUCCACAACAAGGAGCGCCCGUUCAAGUGUGCGCUCUGCGAACGGUGCUUCGGUCAGCAGACGAACCUGGACCGGCACCUGAAGAAGCACGAGGCGGACGCGGCCGGUCUGGGCCUUGGGCUGGACGAGCGACUGCGGUCUGCCCGGCGGAACUCGCGCGGAAUACCGGAGGACUCGUACUUCGAGGAGAUUCGCUCGUUCAUGGGCAAAGUGACGCAGCUCCCGAUACCGCUGCGGCUCCAGCAGCAGCAGCAGCAGCAUCACCCUCCGACGGCGGUCGCUCCGACCCUCUCGAGUCCGUCCAGCGACGGGCGCUCGUACGGCCGGCGGCAGGAGCUACAGAACGAUACGCACUCCUCGCGCAGCUCGUCCCCGUCGGACGAAGAACCGGUGUCGCCGGCCGCAAGCAUCGGCAGCCAGCCGCAACAGGACGAGCCGAUCAAGAUGGAGACGAACAACAACGAGGAGGACGGUGACGGCGAACCGUUACAGGUCACCUGA